CCGCCGGCUUAUUGCUGAAUGCUCCACUGUCUGACUGGCAGUGUGUGUGUAUAUAUAUCUCACACCCAUUGUGUGCUAGCUCCUCGCAUCUUCGUCUCCUCUGCCUGCAAACAAGCCCAUGGCCAUGGAGAAGGCAGCAUCCUUCCUCCCCUCCCUCCUUGGCGGCGGCGGGUCGCCGGAGCCGGCGGCCACGGUGCGGUCCAUCACCGUGUACCCCGUCAAGUCCUGCAGGGGCGUCUCCGUGCCCCAGGCCGCUAUCACCGCUACCGGGUUCAGGUGGGAUCGGCAGUGGAUGGUGGUGAACACCAAGGGCCGUGCAGUGACGCAGAGGGUGGAGCCCAGCCUCGCGCUCGUCGAGGCCGACAUGCCGCCGGAGGCCUUCGCCGCCGAGGACUGGCAGCCAGCCAGCCACUCCCACAUGGUUAUCAGAGCACCCGGAAUGGACCCUCUGAAGAUCCCUCUUGCCGCCGAGCACGCCACGAUCGAUGGCGUCGCCGUGUGGGAAUGGUCUGGCUCUGCGUACGACGAAGGAGCCGAGGCAGCCGAGUGGUUCUCCUCUUACCUUGGAAAGCCCAGCCGGCUAGUGCGCUUCAAAGAAGUAUCGGAGACUAGACCGACCGAUCCGGACUAUGCUCAAGGCUACAAAGUGAUGUUCUCUGAUGCCUUCCCAAUUCUGAUAGCCUCCCAGGGAUCAUUGGAUGCACUAAAUGAGAUUCUUAAGGAGCCUGUGCGAAUGAACCGCUUCAGAGCAAAUCUUUUAGUGGAUGGAUGCCAUUCAUACUCAGAGGAUCUGUGGAAAACAGUGAAGAUCAACAAGCUAACAUUCAUGGGUGUCAGGUUGCGCGACUGUUGCAAGGUUCCUACCGUUGACCAAGAAACUGGAACUCCUGGCAUCGAACCAAAUGAAACUCUGCGGACAUUUCGGUCCGGUGAAGUGCUGCGUCCAAGACACACAAAAAAACGGCAGGUGUACUUUGGGCAAAAUCUAGUCUGCAAGGAAUCCCUGUCAGCAAAUGGCAAAGGAAGGAUCAUCAAGCAACUGCUUCAUGUUUCUCGUCAUACUGUGUGUGCAAGGGACUACCAGGUAGAUGAAUAAUUGUUGAUAGCAACAGCUAUGUAUAUUUCUAGAGUUCAGACAUUCAGAAAUUGUGUGUGGUUGUCUGUCCAGAGUUCAGAAAUUCAGAAACUGUGUUGUGUGCA